ACCUCCCCCACGCGCAUAUCUAAGACUCAGUACAACAAAUGUGGGACAGCAGCCGUCUGAUCUAAGGAGCCUGUAGGAAACAAGGGGAAUUACAGGCGUCGGUCUCUCCUCGUUCGUUUUCGAUGAUUCUCUUUCGUCUGUUGCUUAUUUAGAAGAGAGGCGUAGAUGGAGUUGCAAAUCAAGGUCGCUCAGGCUGUUCACGUUCUCAAUCAUGACUCUCAGUCCUGCAACCGCGUGGCUGCUAAUCAGUGGCUUGUCCAGUUCCAGCAGACCGACCUUGCUUGGGAUGUCGCCACCUCCAUCCUCACUUCCGAUCAUCAUCGUCAUCAUCACUCCUUUCUUUCCGAUUUCGAAGUCGAGUUCUUCGCCGCCCAGAUUCUUAAGCGGAAGAUCCAAAAUGAAGGAUAUUACUUGCAGUUAGGAGCUAAAGAUGCUUUGCUAAAUGCUCUUCUGCUGGCUGCUAAAAGAUUCAGUUCAGGCCCUCCGCAGCUUUUGACACAAAUCUGUCUUGCGCUCUCUGCACUUAUAAUUCGUUCUACAGAACAUAGGAAACCUAUCGAGCAGCUCUUUUAUAGUCUCCAGAAUCUGCAAAGCCAGGAUGACAGCAAUAUUGCUGUUUUGGAGAUGCUCACUGUUCUUCCUGAAGAAAUUGUUGAGAAUCAAAAUACUGAUUGCAACAUAAGUUCAGAUCGCAGAUGCCAGUAUGGCCAAGAGCAGCUCCUCUCGCACACUACUAGGGUUCUUGAGUUCCUCCUGCAGCAAUCAGAGAAAAGUUUUGAUGGUGGUAUUCAACCGCAUGAAAGGAACAGAAAAAUUUUGCGUUGCUUAUUGAGUUGGGUUCGAGCUGGGUGUUUUGCAGAGAUUCCCCCUGGUUUGUUGCCAGGGCAUCCACUUCUUAAUUUUGUAUAUAACUCUUUGCAGGUUUCAUCCACAUUUGAUCUAGCCAUUGAAGUUCUUGUUGAACUCGUGGGCCGGCAUGAGGGGCUACCCCAGGUUUUGUUGUGCAGAAUACAAUUUCUUAAAGAAGUGCUUCUUCUACCGGCUCUUAAUAAUGGAGAUGAGAAAGUAAUUAGUGGUCUUGCCUGCUUGAUGUCAGAAAUUGGGCAGGCUGCACCAUCUCUAAUUGUUGAAGCAAGCGCUGAAGCACAUUUGCUUGCGGAUGCACUCUUGAGCUGUGUUGCAUUUCCAAGUGAAGACUGGGAGAUUGCAGACACCACAUUGCAAUUCUGGUCUAGUCUUGCAAGUUAUAUUCUUGGACUUGACUCCGAUAGUGGAAAAAAUAAGAAAGAUAUUGAAGACAUGUUUUCUCCUGUAUUCUCAGCAUUAUUGGAUGCUUUUCUAUUGCGUGCUCAGGUAGAUGAUUCUACAUUUAACGACGAGAGUGGAACACUUGAUCUGCCUGAUGGCCUUGUACAUUUUAGGAUGAAUCUUGUGGAACUUUUGGUGGAUAUUUGCCAGCUUCUAAAGUCUACUACAUUCAUACAAAAGCUUUUCUUUGGUGGUUGGGUGUCCAUAAAUUUACCAAUCCCUUGGAGAGAUGUGGAAACCAAAAUGUUUGCUCUUAAUGUGGUUGCUGAGGUAGUAUUACAGGAGGGCCAAACCUUUGAUUUCUCUGUGAUUAUGCAGUUGCUGACAAUUUUGUCCAGUAUGGCUCCUGACAAACUUAAAGGCUUCAUGCGCAUUGUAUACAGGUCACUUGCAGAUGUUGUUGGUUCCUACUCCAAGUGGAUAUCUUCUUUUCGAACUAAUGCUAGACCCUUACUAUUAUUUCUUGCUACAGGGAUUUCAGAACCUCUUUCUUCAAGUGCUUGUGCCUCUGCCUUACGUAAAUUUUGUGAAGAUGCCUCUGCAGUAAUCUGUGAGCCUUCAAAUUUGGAAAUUUUAAUGUGGAUAGGAGAGGGUUUGGAGAAGAGGCAUUUACCACUUGAAGACGAGGAGGAAGUUAUAAGUGCAAUUACUUUGAUUCUUAGCUCUGUUCCUAACAAAGAGCUAAAGAACAACUUGUUGGCUAGAUUGCUUUCUUCUAGCUAUGAAGCCAUUGGGAAACUUAUUGGAGAAGAGGACAAACAUUCUCUGAAGCAGAAUCCAGCUGCUUAUACACAAAUUUUGACCUCUGCAGUAAGAGGGCUGUACAGGAUGGGAACUGUAUUCAGUCAUCUUGCUGGGCCAUUAUCAAUCGGUCCUUCUCCAGAUGAUCCUAUUCUUGUGUUGCUGAGUGUUUUUUGGCCUGUUCUGGAGAAACUUUUUAGGUCUGAACACAUGGAGAAUGGUAGUCUAUCUGCAGCAGCCUGUCGGGCUCUUUCACAAGCAGUUCAGUCCUCAGGCCAGCAUUUUGUAACUCUAUUACCUGAAGUGCUAGAUUGCCUCUCAAAAAAUUUUGUAUUAUUCCAAAGUCAUGAAUGCUAUAUCAGAACAGCUUCUGUUGUCCUUGAAGAAUUUGGUCAUAAAGAGGAAUAUGGACCUUUAUUUAUCAGCGCUUUUGAAAGAUUUACAUAUGCAGCAUCAGUAAUGGCUCUCAAUUCUUCGUACAUAUGUGACCAAGAGCCUGAUCUGGUGGAAGCCUACACUAAUUUCACAUCUACUUUUGUUCGUGGCUCCCCCAAGGAGGUACUGGCUGCAUCUGGUUCCCUUCUUGAAGUUUCCUUCCAAAAGGCAGCUAUAUGCUGCACGGCCAUGCAUCGUGGAGCAGCACUAGCUGCAAUGUCAUAUAUGUCCUGUUUCUUGGAGGUUGGCCUGAUCUCUCUGUUGGAAUCUAUGACUUGUAUCCCUGAAGGAUCAUUCAGUGCUGUGGCGAUUCAGGUCAUAUCCCAUAGUGGUGAGGGACUUGUAUCAAAUGUUGUAUAUGCUUUACUUGGUGUUUCAGCAAUGUCAAGGGUACACAAAUCUGCAACAAUCUUGCAACAGUUGGCUGCAGUUUGCAGUUUAAGUGAAGGAACAGCAUGCAAGGCUAUUCUUUGUUGGGAAUCUUUGCAUGAAUGGCUGCGCUUAGCGGUGCAAGCUUUACCAGCUGAGUAUCUAAAGCAGGGAGAAGCAGAGGUGUUAGUGCCAGUUUGGUUGAAAGCCCUUGGUGGCGCAGCCUUGGACUAUCUUGAGAGCAAGAGAUGUGAUGGAGGAAAAGAUAAUCGUGGGCAUAUGCAGGGGAAGGGGGGACAAAUUCUGAAGCGACUAGUCCGAGAAUUUGCUGAUAGUCACAGAAAUGUUCCAAAUCUGACUUGAUUCGUCAUUAUCAGUACUGCUGAUCCAAGGUACUAUUGUUGAUCCAGCCAACAGCUUGUGAGCUGCCAAGGUUCACCGUCCUGCUGCUUCAGCACCUGUAACAUGCCCUGUAAAUUGGGAGCUUGUUUUCAAGCUUCAUCCAUCGCGGGGGUUCUACAUAUUAGAGCGAUGCUUCACAUAAUUUAUAAUUGUUCUUCUACAAUCCAAUAUUUGUACAGUAUAAUGUCCCAAUUUUGUCAAACCUCCAAAGAACCCUUUUUUUUUUCGCCCUCAUUUUGUUGUAUGCAGGGAGUGACAAGCUGACGAAAAUUUGCCUAAAAAAAAAAAUUACAAGAAAUCAAUGAUAUCUUCUCUUUUCUGCUAUUCUCACUAAAUGGAAA